AUGGAUCCUACAAAAGCUCCAGAUUUUAAACCUCCUUCUCCUAAUGAGGAACUAUCUCCUCCAACAGAUCCUCAGUCUACUAUUCCUAAUUCUGACCCAAUAGUUCCAUACGUUCUGGCCGACUAUAAUGCCUCAAUAGAUGCACCAUUUAACCUUGAUAGUAUUAAGAAAAAUCACAAAAACUCUUCCAGCAAACACCACCAUAAGCAUAGUUCAAGUCGUAAAAAUUCCUCUGGAGGGACAGGUACAAGAGGUAGCCACCGUUCCCAGCAUAUACCAUUAAAUGCUUCGGAUUUCCAGCCAUUAUCAGCCGACGUAUCAUCUGCAGAGGAAGAUACAGAUGAGAGUACUGCUAGUAAUAGUACGAAUAACAAUAAUAAAGAUUCUGGAAGAAGUAAUAGUAGAACCAUCGAUGAAGCUUUAAAUGAACAACUAAAAGCUAUAGACACUGGGGUAAAGAAAUACCAAAUUGCUGACUUAGAAGAAGUUCCGCAUGGAAUUGUAAGACAAGCAAGAAACUUUGAUGAUUACGAAUUUCCAACACACAGAUUCUCUUCAGGUUUAAAAGACCCGAAUAAACUACCUUUGGUUAUUGUAGCGUGUGGCUCAUUCUCGCCUAUUACUUAUUUGCAUUUAAGAAUGUUCGAAAUGGCUCUAGAUGCAAUCAAUGAACAAACAAGGUUUGAAGUGGUUGGUGGCUAUUUUUCUCCAGUUAAUGAUACGUAUCAGAAACCUGGUCUAGCUCCAGCAUAUCAUAGAGUUAGAAUGGGUGAGUUAGCUUGUGAAAGAACUUCUUCAUGGUUGAUGGUUGAUGCUUGGGAGUCGUUACAACCAACAUAUACGAGAACUGCUAAAGUGCUAGACCAUUUCAAUCACGAAAUAAAUGUUAAACGAGGUGGUGUUUCUACGACAUCUGGUGAGAAAGUGGGCUGUAAGAUUAUGUUAUUGGCUGGUGGUGACUUGAUUGAAUCCAUGGGUGAGCCAAAUGUUUGGGCGGAUGCAGACUUACAUCAUAUUCUAGGGAAUUAUGGUUGUUUAAUUGUAGAACGUACGGGUUCUGAUGUCCGUUCUUUCUUAUUAUCACAUGAUAUUAUGUAUGAACAUAGAAGAAAUGUCCUGGUUAUAAAACAAUUAAUUUAUAACGAUAUCUCAUCUACAAAAGUACGUCUAUUUAUUCGAAGGGGUAUGUCUGUCCAAUAUUUAUUGCCAAAUUCAGUCAUAAGAUAUAUUCAAGAACAUAAAUUGUAUAUUAACCAGACCGAGCCAGUCAAGCAAGUGAUGGGCGGUAAAGAGUAA